AUGGCGGAAUACGUCUCCGUCACCUUCGAAGAAAUCGAUGGCAACGAGUGGGUGCCAUGCAAGUGCUGCCGCUUCAACAAAGGCACUGACUUACCCAUCCCCGCGAGUCUCAGCGAUGAGGACAUCGAGCGCGCCACGAAACGCUUCUCCGCGUCCAUCUUCAAAGACUGGACGAAAUUGAACGCGAUUGUGAAGCGAUACGAGGGCACGAUCCAGAAGCGAUGGAUCAAAAAGAGCGUGACCCAGCGCCGGCAAAUUCUUCUUGGCGCCUGGCCCAACAUGUCCGCCGGGCAUCGUCCCGAUUUCAAGAACUUGCGCUCCAACAAGAAGCGGGUCCCAUGCCUUCCAGAGGCGUACUUGUGGCCAUACAUCAACCUUGAGGAUCUCCUGAAACGCAAUCUCCUGCUUCUCUUCAUCAAAUCCCGUGGUCGCAACUUGCCCGACACUUUUCGACUGGCGGACGUCAACGCAGCACAUCUUGGUAGCGGCUGGGAUCGAGGGUUUGACUUCGCCGACGUUUUUGAGGACUAUUGUUGCUCAGAGCACUAUCUCGAAGACCAUGACGAAGACGAUGCCGGUAUGCUGUUCGAGGACAGGCACUCUCCACAGCGUUACGGCAAGCUUAUCAAGCAUCACGCGAUAUCGCUGAAGACCUCCCAGUACAAGUUUUUGCGACGCUCAAACGAAGGCCUCCUCUCGCUCGAACUCCUUCAACGCACGUACGAAUUUCUGCUCGAAUGUGUCAAGUUGAUUUUGCACGACAUACGCCCAACGAUGUUCUUCUUGGCGCCUUCAAUUCCGGAGCCAACGAAGAUGCCAGGGUCGCCCGGGCCGGAUGAGUACCCGUCGAUGAGUGCUCACUCCCUGGAAGCCCCGUAUCGUGUUCCCCAAAUGCUUGAUCUCAAGCGACUGAAGAUGCUGGUCGACAGUCGCUGCGAAACAUCGGAGGAUCAUAUUUGGCUUCUCAAAGAGGAUCCGGGAUAUUUCGCGGCAACUCUACGAGAAUAUCGUGAGCAUGACGGGGAGACUGAAUUUGGCUGUCGUAGCGACUGGCAGACCGCCCUCAACAAGAUGUUGACCAACGCGUAUCUUGUCUUCGUCUUUUGGGAUGAUAUCGCCAAACGGCUGAGCUCGAUGGCCUCAAUUGACGUCCAGCUGGCUCGGGCAAACGACAAGACUGUCCGCUUGGCAAAACAAGACGAAGAGAAAUGGGCCGCUAUGCAUGAGGUACUCACACGACUCAUGAUGAUACCGAUCUCCAUGCUGCACGGAGGACUGCAAACUAGUCCACGGCUCAGGAACAGGUAUAGGUUCGAACUUGAGGAUUCUGCCUCGCCUGCGAGCGGCCGAUGGAUCCUGCAGUUGAAGGCAACUAGCUGCGAGAGACGGCUCGAUACGUUGUUUUUCUCGAUCCACAACCAACACCAGCGCGAGCUGCACGGUCUUCACGGCCUUGUUCAAGAAAUUCAAUACAUGUUUGAGACCGACACCGAAGCAGCAAGUCUCAUAGAUCCAUGGAUUGCAUCUCAGUUCGCAGAUCUGGCACUGGUCUCCGAAAUCAAGUGCAUCGAUGCACUUGCUCCUUGGUUCGACGAGAACAAGGCUACGUUGUUGGCAUGCCGCAACGACGUGGCAAAGACCGUGGAUAAGACGCGGGUUCUGGUGAACAAGAUGCACUAUGGCAUCAGUGCAGCCACGAGCCACAACACCAUCUCGAAGUUCGAGCCGAACGAUCGGGAUAUGACCGACUACCCAGCAGUGGCAGAGAAGCGGCCUACCAAGGCCACUGUCGACCAAAUGGUGCGAGCAGAGAGGAAACUCGAUAUCUUCUGGAAGUCAUUUGAAGCGGUUGUAACACGCUCAGCAGGCAUCAGCCUGACCAAAGUUCUGAAAAAUAGAGCAAGAACCACCCGAGAAAUUCACAGGACGCAGCCUUGGAGUGAGCUCUCAGAAACGCUCUUGACCUCGCCGUCACACGCCGUCCACAGCGACGAUCAAAAGGGGGUUCUCGCUGAGCUGGACGGCAACGUUCAUCACCCGAACUAUCUCGACUUGCCAAUACCGAAGAAGGAAUUCGUGCGAACCCCUGUCAAGAGCAAAGUCAAAACUCAUGGCACACCCGCCGCGCCCGAUCCUCGUCGGAUCUUAGCCGACGAUGAUCUGCGUGAGGUGGCACGAGCUGGAGCACCGCCGGAGAAGGUCACGAUCCCUAAGAGGGCAUUCAAGGUCUUCACGGCACUGCUGCCAUCGCCGUCCGCUGCUGCGCAACAACGUUUCGAAGUACCUUGGGACGACUUGUUGUUCGCAUUCAACGCCAUCGGUCUGCAGCCCGUCAAGUUGUAUGGGAGCGCCUGGACGUUCAACCCCGUACCGAAAGGCGAAGUCGUGGAGACAGAUGCCGGCGUUCAAACUUCCGGCAAGCUGGAUCUGCAGAGAUCCAUCUCUUUCCAUCAGCCGAAGGAAGUUCGCAAGGGUGCCAAAAUCCCCAAAGCCAUGGUCCGAACUUUCGGCAGACGUCUGAAGCAUGCCUACGGAUGGCAAGUUGCUGAGGAUAUCUUCCUGUGUGGUUGA